UAAUUAUAGAUCAAUUCAUACGAUAAAUGCUUAGCUCAUUUCAUUGUGUUUUACGUGCAAAAGGUAUCACUCAUGCCAUUCUGCUUUGUCCUCCUCACAUUCAUAUCCAAAUUAGAACUGGAUGCUGAACUGUAAUUUUGAGUUUUUUCAUUGAAAAAUUAGCUGUUCAAAGAAAUUGAUAUCAGUGUGAAAAAUGGGAGAAGAUAAAUACAGGGACGAGGUAGCAAUUAUUUCUACUCCAUCACGUUCACAGAGGUUUAAUGAUGAUAAUAUGGUGGCUUUAGAAGUUGAAGUUCCUGAAACUCUUCAUCAAGUUGGAACAGAUUCAUGGUUUCAGGUGGGAGUUGUUCUAAGCACUGGUGUCAACAGUGCCUAUGCUCUAGGAUAUGCUGGCACAGUUAUGGUUCCUUUGGGUUGGACUGGUGGUGUUAUUGGUCUUGUUUUAUCAACAAUAAUAUCAUUAUAUGCAAGUACUCUAAUUGCCAAGAUUCAUGAAUAUGGUGGAAAAAGACAUAUCAGAUAUAGAGAUCUUGCCGGAUUUAUGUAUGGUCGGACGGGUUAUAUAAUUGUGUGGGCAUCGCAGUAUGCAAAUCUUUUCUUGAUAAAUAUUGGAUUCAUCAUUUUAGGUGGACAAGCCUUAAAGGCUUUCUAUCAUCUCUUUAGGGAUGAUGAUCAUAUGAAACUAGCAUACUUCAUCGCGAUUGCUGGAUUGGCAUGCGUUUUAUUCGCCAUUGCUGUUCCCACCUUGUCAUCACUAAGGAUUUGGCUUGUGAUUUCAUCAGUAUUCAGUCUAAUUUAUCUCACUAUAACCAUUGCUUUAGCUCUUAAAGACGGUAUUAAUGCUCCUCCUAGGGACUAUAGCAUUCCUGGAUCAAAGAUAAACAGAAUUUUUACAACUGCUGGUGCUGCUGCAAAUAUUGUUUUCGUAUUCAACACCGGAAUGAUUCCAGAGAUCCAGGCUACAGUGAGAGCACCUGUUGUUGACAACAUGUUGAAAGCCUUAUAUUUUCAGUUUACUUUAGGAGCUGUGCUUGUUCAUGCUGUUACUUACGUCGGAUAUUGGGCAUAUGGAUCGAGUUCAUCUUCCUAUUUGCUCAAUAAUGUCAGCGGUCCGGUUUGGGUUAAGGCACUGGCUAACAUCAGCGCAUUCUUGCAAGCCAUCAUCGCAUUACAUAUAUUUGCGAGUCCAACAUAUGAAUUCUUGGAUACAAAAUACGGGAUUAAAGGAAGUGCAGUUGCUGUUCGGAACCUGGCGUUUAGAACUCUAGUUAGAGGUGGUUAUCUAGCGGUUACUACUUUCCUAUCUGCUCUGUUACCUUUCUUGGGAGAUUUCAUGAGUCUUACUGGUGCUAUCAGCUCGAUUCCACUCACGUUUAUUCUUCCGAAUCACAUGUAUCUUAUUGCCAUGAAAAAGCAACUGUCGCUGUUACAAAGGAGUUGGCAUUUGCUUAAUGUUGUCUUGUUUAGUGUCAUAUCUGCUGCUGCAUUAGUAGCUGCAUUCAGGCUUAUAGCAGUGGACUCGAAAACUUACCACGCGUAUGCUGAUUUGUAGUUUUUUAAGCCAUUAUUUGGAGGGGAAUGUCCCUCAUGUUAUUUUAAUGGCAUUCAAAUUUAUGUCAAGUUUCUCAAUUCUUGGCCUCAGUGAGGUAUAUGUUUGUACUGUAUAUUGGAUGAAGGAUAUUGUAAAACAGAUUCAGAUUUGGAUGAAAUGUGUAAAGGAAUUAAAUCAUGUUCUUCA